CUCCGCCUCCACGGCGUAGCGGUCGGAGCCAUUUCGCCGCCGCCUCGGUGCGAGUGGUGGUGCGCUCGUCUGGUCUCCGUCGCUAAGGCCCGAGCCAGGGACGUUCCUGAGAGAGCUGUGCUCUCGGGCACAAGGAAGCGGACUCCGGUCUGAAGAAGACUCUUGAAUCAUGGGUGAUGUUAAAAAUUUUCUGUAUGCCUGGUGUGGCAAAAGGAAGAUGACUCCAUCCUAUGAAAUUAGAGCAGUGGGGAAUAAAAACAGGCAGAAAUUCAUGUGCGAGGUUCGAGUGGAAGGAUAUAAUUACACUGGCAUGGGUAAUUCCACCAAUAAAAAAGACGCACAGAGCAAUGCUGCCAGAGACUUUGUUAACUAUUUGGUUCGGAUAAAUGAAGUAAAGAGUGAAGAAGUCCCAACUAUGGGGGUAGCACCCACUCCUCUCACAACUGCUGAUUCACCUGACGACACAGCAAAUGCUGGUGGAGGUUUACCAGCAACCAUGGGAGGCCCUCUUCCUCCACAUCUGGCUCUCAAGGCAGAAAAUAAUUCUGGCUAUGGUGUUACUGGGCCCACCUGGGAUCGUGGAGCCAACUUGAAGGAUUAUUACUCAAGAAAGGAGGAACAAGAAGUACAAGCGACUCUUGAAUCUGAAGAAGUGGAUUUAAAUGCCGGACUUCAUGGAAACUGGACCUUGGAAAAUGCUAAGGCUCGUCUGAACCAGUAUUUCCAAAAAGAAAAGAUCCAAGGAGAAUAUAAGUACACCCAAGUGGGUCCUGAUCAUAACAGGAGCUUUAUUGCAGAAAUGACCAUUUAUAUCAAGCAGCUGGGCAGAAGGAUUUUUGCUCGCGAACAUGGAUCAAAUAAAAAAUUGGCAGCCCAGUCCUGUGCGCUGUCACUUGUCAGACAACUCUACCAUCUUGGAGUGAUUGAAGCUUACUCUGGACUUACAAAGAAGAAAGAAGGAGAGACAGUGGAGCCUUACAGAGUUAACAUUUCUCCAGAAUUGGAACAUCAGCUGCAAAACAUUGUUCAAGAACUAGAUCUUGACAUCGUGCCCCCACCUGAAGAUCCUUCUGUGCCUGUUACACUCAACCUUGGCAAAUUGGCUCACUUUGAACCAUCUCAGCGACAAAACCAAAUAGGUGUCGUUCCUUGGUCUCCUCCUCAAUCCAACUGGAAUCCUUGGACUAGUAGCAACAUUGAUGAGGGGCCCCUGGCUUUUGCUACUCCAGAACAAAUAAGCGUGGAGAUCAAGAAUGAAUUAAUGUAUCAGCUGGAACAGGAUCGUGAUUUGCAAGCUAUCUUACAGGAGAGAGAGUUACUGCCUGUGAAGAAAUUUGAAAGUGAAAUCCUGGAAGCUAUUAGUCAAAAUCCAGUUGUCAUUGUCCGAGGCGCUACUGGAUGUGGUAAAACCACUCAAGUUCCCCAGUUUAUUCUAGAUGACUUUAUCCAGAAUGACCGAGCAGCAGAGUGUAAUAUUGUGGUAACUCAGCCCAGGAGAAUCAGUGCCGUUUCUGUGGCAGAGCGAGUUGCAUAUGAGAGAGGAGAAGAGCCUGGAAAAAGCUGUGGCUACAGUGUUCGAUUUGAGUCUAUACUUCCCCGUCCUCAUGCCAGUAUAAUGUUUUGUACUGUAGGAGUGCUCCUGAGAAAAUUAGAAGCAGGCAUUCGAGGAAUUAGUCAUGUAAUUGUAGAUGAAAUCCAUGAAAGAGACAUAAAUACUGACUUCCUUUUAGUGGUGCUGCGUGAUGUGGUUCAGGCUUAUCCUGAAGUUCGCAUUGUUCUCAUGUCUGCUACUAUUGACACCAGCAUGUUCUGUGAAUAUUUCUUCAAUUGCCCAAUCAUUGAAGUUUAUGGGAGGACUUACCCAGUUCAAGAAUAUUUUUUGGAAGACUGUAUUCAGAUGACCCACUUUAUUCCUCCACCAAAGGACAAGAAAAAGAAGGAUAAGGACGAUGACGGUAGUGAGGAUGAUGAUGCAAAUUGUAACCUGAUCUGUGGGGACGAAUAUGGUCUAGAAACAAAGAUGAGCAUGGCUCAGUUGAAUGAGAAGGAAACUCCUUUUGAACUCAUCGAGGCUCUACUUAAAUACAUUGAGACCCUUAAUGUUCCUGGAGCUGUGUUGGUUUUUCUACCUGGCUGGAAUUUGAUUUAUACUAUGCAGAAGCAUUUGGAAAUGAAUCCACAUUUUGGAAACCAUAGGUAUCAGAUUCUGCCUCUGCAUUCUCAGAUUCCUCGAGAGGAGCAGCGCAAAGUGUUUGAUCCAGUGCCAGCUGGAGUAACCAAGGUUAUCUUAUCCACAAAUAUUGCUGAAACAAGCAUCACCAUAAAUGAUGUUGUUUAUGUCAUUGACUCCUGCAAGCAAAAAGUGAAGCUGUUCACUGCUCACAACAACAUGACCAAUUAUGCUACAGUGUGGGCAUCCAAAACAAACCUUGAGCAGCGGAAAGGACGAGCUGGUCGUGUACGGCCUGGGUUCUGCUUUCACCUCUGCAGCCGAGCUCGUUUUGACAGACUCGAGACCCACAUGACACCAGAGAUGUUCCGAACACCAUUGCAUGAAAUUGCUUUGAGCAUAAAACUUUUGCGUCUGGGAGGAAUUGGCCAGUUUCUGGCCAAGGCAAUUGAACCUCCACCUUUGGAUGCUGUGAUUGAAGCGGAGCACACACUUAGAGAACUUGAUGCAUUAGAUGCCAAUGAUGAGUUGACUCCUCUGGGACGAAUCCUGGCUAAACUCCCCAUCGAGCCUCGUUUUGGCAAAAUGAUGAUAAUGGGGUGUAUUUUCUACGUGGGAGAUGCUAUUUGUACCAUCUCUGCCGCCACCUGCUUUCCAGAGCCUUUCAUCAGUGAAGGAAAGCGAUUGGGUUACAUCCAUCGAAAUUUUGCUGGAAACCGAUUUUCUGAUCAUGUGGCCCUUUUAUCAGUAUUCCAAGCUUGGGAUGAUGCUAGAAUGGGUGGAGAAGAAGCAGAGAUACGUUUUUGUGAGCAUAAAAGACUCAAUAUGGCUACACUAAGAAUGACCUGGGAAGCCAAAGUUCAGCUCAAAGAGAUUCUGAUUAAUUCUGGAUUUCCAGAAGAUUGUUUAUUGACCCAAGUGUUUACUAACACUGGACCAGACAAUAAUCUGGAUGUUGUUAUCUCUCUCUUGGCCUUUGGCGUGUACCCCAAUGUGUGCUAUCAUAAGGAAAAGAGAAAGAUUCUCACCACUGAAGGGCGUAAUGCACUUAUCCACAAGUCAUCUGUUAACUGUCCUUUUAGCAGCCAAGACAUGAAGUAUCCAUCUCCCUUCUUUGUAUUUGGUGAAAAGAUUCGAACCCGGGCCAUCUCUGCUAAAGGCAUGACCUUAGUCACCCCACUGCAGCUGCUUCUCUUUGCCUCCAAGAAGGUCCAGUCUGAUGGACAGAUUGUGCUUGUAGAUGACUGGAUCAGACUGCAAAUAUCUCAUGAAGCUGCUGCCUGUAUCACUGCUCUCCGGGCAGCCAUGGAGGCUCUGGUUGUAGAAGUAACCAAACAGCCUGAUAUCAUCAGCCAGUUGGACCCUGUCAAUGAACGUAUGCUGAACACAAUCCGCCAGAUCUCCAGGCCCUCAGCUGCUGGCAUUAACCUUAUGAUUGGCAGCACACGAUAUGGAGAUGGUCCACGUCCUCCCAAGAUGGCUCGAUAUGACAAUGGAAGUGGAUAUAGAAGGGGAGGUUCUGGUUAUGGCAGCGGAGGCUACGGAGGUGGCAGAGGCUACAGAGGCGGCGGAGGCUACGGUGGUGGUGGCUUCGGCGGUGGCGGAGGCUUCGGUGGCGGCUUCGGUGGUAGCGGAGGUUUUGGUGGUAGUGGAGGUUUUGGUGGUGGUGGAGGCUUCAGUGGAAAUGGGGGCUUCAGUGGUAGCGGAGGCUUCGGUGGCAAUGGGGGCUUUGGUGGUAGUGGAGGCUAUGGUGGUGGUGGGGGCUUUGGGGGUAGUGGUGGCUAUGGGGGUGGUGGAGGCUUUGGGGGUAAUGGAGGCUAUGGGGGUGGUGGAGGCUUCAGUGGUGGUGGAGGCUUCAGUGGUGGUGGAGGCUUCAAUGGUAGUGGAGGCUUCAAUGGUAAUGGAGGUUUCAAUGAUAAUGGAGGCUUCAGUGGUGGCAGCUAUAGUGGUGGCUCCAACUCCUAUCAGGGAGGCUAUGGUGGAGGUGGAGGUGGUGGCGGAGGCUAUAGAGGGGGUUCCCGAGGUGGCUAUAGAGGUGGGUCAGGAGGAGACUACAGAGGGUCUGGUGGUGGAGGCUACAGAGGAUCUGGGGGAUUCCAGCGAGGAAGUAGCAGAGGAGGGGGCUAUGGGAGUGGCUACCCUGGACAAGGAAGAGGCGGUGGUGGCUAUUAAAGCUUGGUUAUGUCAGUGCCUGCGCAUAGACAGUUUAAAAAAUAAAUGCAUGCUACCCCUUUUCCCAAGUUGUUUAUUUGCUGCCAAUGAGUAAACCCAUUUUUUUCACCCAUGCUGUGAUUCAUUGUAGUUUAAGGAAACUAGACGUAAGAUUAGUGCUUUUGUUUAUAUUAUGUAAAAUAUAACGAUCUAUUAUAAAAGUACUACCGUUUGUAUUUUUUCUUUAAGGAGUAAAGAUUUGCCUUUAAAAUUCACUUGAUAUUUUCUUGCCUUUAGUUUAUUAAUACAGUAGAAAAUAAAGUUCUACAUUAGAUACUGGCCAUGUAGUUAACUGUUUGUUGAUCUUACAUGUUAGAAUAAUGUCAAUUACAUCUGUUUUAAAUGUCAGCUGAAAAACUGUACUCCAUUUCCCAAGUAUACUGACUAUUGUUAUUACUUGUAGUAAGAAUAAAUAGUCUUGGAAUGAAA